AUGCAAAAGAAUUUCAUCUCAUCAGCAUAGUCUAACAAUGAUUCUGGCAAGGAAAGUUCAGUUGAAAAUAAAUAAGCUAAAAAUGACAGAAAUAAUAUCAAUUAGAGAAAAUUACCCAAAUUUGAUACAUCGAAGCACUCUAAAACAUCCUUAGGCAAGCGAGAUAGAGAAGAGGAGAAAUAAAAGAAUAAGAAUUAAAAGCCCAAAAGUAUGAAUAAGAAUGAAAAAGAGUAAAACAAUAAGCUGCUCUCUUUUCCUGAAAGACAGAGAGAUUUUGGAACUUUUUCAAAUAAUGAGUUCAGUUCAAUUGAAAUGGGUGAUAUCAGCGACUUAGGCUCAGUUAUGAAAAAUUUCUCAAAACAAGGGAAGGUAAAAAAAGAAAGCAAUUUAGAAAUUAUUUCAAUAAGCUCUAUGUGCGAAAGCGCUAGUAAAAAAAAUAGGAGAGAAUUGAAGCAAAAAUAAAAAGAACAAAAGGGGAAACCAUAAAAAAGAUCAAAUACAACCCUUAAGAAAAGGGAUGAUCAAGAUUCAUCUUAAGAAGAAUUGCUUCCUAUCACUGAGUAAGAAAUGAGGAUGGGACUAUUCCAUAUGAAAUAAAAGAAGCUUAAAUUUAUCCAUUUGAAUCGAAAUAUGCCAGCUUAUCUUAAACAAGAGGAAUUCUUCUAGGAGUCUUAGAAUAUCUAGAAAAUCAAUAAUUUGCUAUCAAUUCUAAAUAUAGAACUUGAAAAUGAAAAGACAGGCUAAAUGGAACUUAGACAUAUAAUGUUUGGAUUGAAAAACAGAAAGUUUAACCAAGUAUACGAAUUCCAGAGGGAUGAAAACAAUGAAAUACUAAUCUAUGAAAAUCCCAAAGGCAAAUAUUUGAAUUUUUCAGCAAUGGUAGUUUAUUAAAACUAGUUGAUCAUUACUGGAGGUAGUGGUGAUAUUUCCGAUUAACCUUAAGAGUAAACUUACAGAUACUUUUUAUAAAUUGAUCCUGAAAAUGAUUAAGUUCAUAUGGAUCGUGAUGAAAAUUUCCCUCCUCUAAAUAUCAAAAGAUCGGAUCAUAAUGCUUUUGUGUAUAGACAUUACUUGUUCAUUAUUUUUGGAAGUCAAGAAGAUAUUGAGUACUUAGAUCUUAAUGAGGCAGAACCAGCAUUUAGAGUAUUGAAAUUUGAAAAUCAGUAUAACUUAAUGAGACCUAUGAUUUUCAUACAUAAAGAUAUUAAUGAGAGAGAAAGGAUUUAUAUAUUUGGAGGUAGCGCAUUGAGAAAAAAUAAAGUAAACAAGCUGUAUGAACUUGAGAUUAAAUUCUAGAUGCAAGGAAAUGACUUAAAUAAUUUGGAAGAGCCAUCAGCAGCUGCUUUAAUUGAGCAUAACUUUGACGAAGGAUCUUAUGGAUCUUCUCAGUUUUAUUAGAAUCUACCAAAUUAGUAUUACUAUGAAGAUUAAAAAAUUUGGAUGUUCCUUGAUGAUUAAGGGCAACUAUACAGUUUUGAUCUUGAAAAUAAAAAACAUAAAGCUAUUGAUGUAAAGUUAAUUAAAAAAUAGAGUGAAAACAGAGACUGA